CAACCCCACCACUACACGUUAUUUCUGCAGAGCAACGCCCCAACCGUCCACCAUGCGCCACAAGAAAGACUUCAAGCCCAACAACAAGUAUGCGAACCGAGGAAAAAGGCCCGUAGGUGCUGGUCCACCACGUCCCCGCCGUAACUCUGAGUCCGAAGGCGAGAAUGAUGCCGAGGCUCCUCGUCCCAAGAAGCCCAACUUCAAGGCCGCAUGUUGGGAUCUAGGACAUUGCGACGCGAAACGAUGCUCUGGAAAGAGGCUCAUGCGCCUGGGCAUGAUGCGGGAGUUACACGUUGGUCAGAAGUUCGCGGGUGUGGUAGUCAGUCCUAAGGGCAAAAAGAUUGUGUCGCGCGAGGACAAGGAGCUGCUGGAUCAGUACGGCGCUGCUGUCGUAGAAGCAAGCUGGAACAGGAUCGACGAGGUGCCAUUUGGCAGGAUUGGUGGCAAGUGCGAACGAUUGCUGCCAUACCUUGUUGCGGCAAACCCCACCAACUACGGAAAGCCUUGGAGACUGAACUGUGUUGAGGCUCUUGCGGCGUGCUUCUACAUCUGUGGUCACCCAGAAUGGGCCGAGGAGAUUCUCUCGACAUUCUCGUAUGGCCGGGCGUUUUUAGACAUCAACGCUGCGCUGCUCAAGCGCUACGAAGCGUGCGAAAACGAGGAGCAGAUCAAGAAGGCGGAAGAGGUUUGGCUUGCAAAGAUCGAGCAGGAGUAUGAGCAAAGCCGAGCCGAGAAGGAGGAUGGUGCUGAGGAUGAUGUCUGGGCUGGCGGAAACCAGAACAGGAGAAUCAUCGAUGAGUCGGAUGAUGAUGAUGACGACGACGACGACGACGAUGAAGACGAAGACGAAGAUGAAGUUGACCCGCAAAACCCAUACGGCCUCCCUGAAUCUGAGGACGACGAAGAAGAGAUGGCAGAGUUGCGCCGGCGUGUCCUAGCAUCGAAGCCCUUCGCCAACCCAUCUUCGAAGCACACCGAUGAAGACGAGGAAGAUACCAAGAAAGCCCCCGAGCGUAUACCACGCACUGAGCCUGCGCCUACAAAAGAGGAAGACGUUGACAACAGCGAUGUAUCGAACCCUGAUGGUGCGGAUGAUGACGAGUUCGACUCCUUCAUGAACGCGCAACCCACAACAGAUAGGACUGGUAUCACGGGCAAACAGAGGCAGAAGGUACUGGAUAAGCAGACGGCUACCUUCUCCAGUGGCAAAGUCAAUGCUCCCAGCCGGCAGGGUUACUGAGAACGUUGAAUACACACCGUGGAAAGCUCAACGGAAAAUUUAAGCAUGAAACGCGGAUAUAUUGUCCGCGUUCAAUCAAUACUCCUACCCAUUAUCGCCUACUCCAGAGAGUCUAGCUUUGACCUUGCUCGAAGACCCUGCACCAGUUCGCGUCGAACAGUUCACGGACUCUCGGGCUGUGCUUGACU